GGGUUCCCAGGCCAUCGCUCGUGUGUACCGUUCUGCGGAUCUGCCCUGCCGCGUUUCCGUGGGUCUCUCGCAGAGUGAUUGCGAAGGCUGGGGCGAGCACGAUGCGCGGGGCGAUGGAGCGGGGUGCGAGGCUCGUGAGGGGCUGCGUCAACUGCGGCUGGGCCGCAUGGCCGCACGUCCAGCAGUUUCUGAGUGUUAAGCUUUCCGCGCGCCAUGGUGUGCGGAGUCGCGCCGCCGGGCGAUACUGUAUAUACUGUACGGGCGCUGCUCCCGCCCAGGUGACAAUUAGCAUUCAAUUUGACAACGUUGGACGGGUGUGCGUAUGUGGAGUGGGAAGACAACCUACGAGACGUCGACGUUGUGGGCUGUGCAGAGCGGACGAGAUGGGAGAUGGGCUGCAUCAUCCACUCUAUUGUGUGUGUCUCCGGCCGGUGCAGCACCGGCAUUCAGGCUGGCAUGCAUCCAAGGCUACGUUGGUGUACCGACAUCCGGCACUUGGUGCGGCGCUCGUCCAAGGACAGUCCUUGAUGUUGCCUUGAUCCUCCUUGAUACGCUGAUACAGCUGAUCUCAAUCUGCCCACAGUCUGUUGAAGCGGAGGCAAAGAACGCCGGGGCUGGCGGGUGCUGACUGUGGCCCCGCUGCCCCGCUCCGUGGACGGUGGACGACGUACACAUCGUUAUCGCAUCAGACGUGCGUAAGCGAGCAGA